AUGGCUAGCCUGACCGAUCUAAACGCGAAAGGCCUUUCUGGUAAUUGGCUACUGGACAAGAAACUUUCGGAUGAUGUUGGGCCUAUUUUAAAGCUGCAAGGCCUUGGCUGGCUCAUGCGCAAAGCUAUCUGUGCAGCUACGAUGGUUGUUACUUUUGCCGAACACCGGCAGGAAGGGACUUCGGAUACGUAUCUGACCUUUGACCAAACCUUGAAAGGAAUUCAUACCCUCAGCGAGAAGCGUGUCCUAGAUUGGACUGAGCAAGAUCACAGCGACGACGUCUUUGGGGACGUUAUCAUCCGGAGCCAGCUCAUCGGUGGGGAAAAAGGCGAAGAUGGCAAAAUAUAUGCAAAUGCCACACUCGAGACCAAUUUGACGAGAGAUCCUAGAGCAGAGGCAGACGCUAAGCAACACCUGAGGUGUGGUACUUUAGCCAGCGCAAAAGAGCAGGAUGUCGUCUACUUGCAUGAUUUUAUACGCAGCAAAUCCGGCGCUUGGACUAUGGAACAGAUAUGGGCAAUUGAACUUAUUGAGGGCAAAAGGUUUCUAGCACGCUAUGCUGUUGUUGCUAAAGAUUCCUCAGUUGAAUUACGCCGUUGCUUUUACAGCUGGAUGGAGCCGGGGGACUCGCUUUGA